GGAUUACUCCUUGGCUGACAAAGAAUAACCGUCCUGAGUUGCCUUAGUCUGCUCACGUUUAUAACGCUAUGCGUACUCCUUGACGUCUGUCAUCGAACGUUAACUUCCUAGAGCAGAGAUUUUGUCGACUAUUUCAUACAUUGAUAGAUAGAUAGAGACCAUAGAGAGAGAGAGAGAGAGAGAGAGAGAGAGAGAUUCAGAGAAAGCAAAGCAGAGCGGAGCAGAGCAGCGGAGUUGGGACUUGGAAUACUCCAUUAAUGUCUUCUUCAUCCUCCGAAAGCGAUGACAUGCCAGUCACCGCCGAAGCCUCCGAGAAAGACUGUGAUUCUGGAAUCGAAAACAACGACUAUGACGACGGUGAUGGAGAUGUAGACGAAGUAGAUGAUGUAGAUGAUGCAGACAAAGAUAAAGAUGGUGGCAGAGAGGAAGCGGAAAACGAACAAGGAGAUGAUGAUUCUAGUCAAGAAAUCAAGUCUGAGGGGCAAGAUGAGGACUCAAGGUCUGGUUCCUCCACUCCAGAGAAAUCUGAAUCAAGUCUACCUGCAGAUAUUCAUGACAUGAAAGGUACCCUGUCAGAUAAGAAACCUCCUUGUGAUGUUCAGAGAGUCUAUGAUGAAGCCCAUAAUGGUGGUGAAUCUUAUUUGAGUAACAGUGAUCCCUUGGGUGCUCACAGCACCAUAUCCUUGUCCGAACAAAAGAAAGUUGUAGGUGCUGAGACCCUGAUGAGUAAUGGCUCCAGCAAGAAGGAUUCUAAUGUCGUCCUAAAUACUGGGGAUGAUACAAAGCUAAUGGAUAUCAAGGAAGGGGAGAACCUCAAACUAAGUGUGUCAAGUUUGCCUACUUCCCAGAAAAGGCCUAGAAGUUUGUCUACUGGUGCUGAUUUUGAGGACCGAAGCAAGCACCAUGCAAUUGUUUGUGACUUUUUUGCUAGAGGUUGGUGUAUAAAGGGGAGUUCUUGUAGGUUUCUGCAUCAGCGAGAUGGUACUGGUAAGAGAGAUGUGCCUGUUGCAAAUCGGAAAAAUGAACUAGACAUGGAUGCAGGUUUGAGACAAGAUAUGGAUGCAUCAAAAUUUUCUUCUUUUCCUGAACCAUUGGCUUCUUCAGUCGCAGAUAGUUCUUCAGCCAAGUGUCAGAUCCCUUCAGAAAGAUUCCUACCCAGGAAGCAUGGAGAAAAUCUUAGGUGGCAUCAAUUUCCUGAAGAGCAGAGGUUUUCUUCCUUCCAUAGAGGCAGCCCAUCUCCAGGCAUACUACAGGAAGCUGGUGGGUCAACAUCACUACCCCACCGUGACCUCCAGAAAUUUUCUUCAACCGGAGAUGAUCUUGGUCUUGUCUCCUCUUUCGGGGAUGUAACCAGGGAGAAUAUGGGUCAAUCUUUGCAUACAGAUGAAUUCAAGCAUGCUUCACCUGUUGUUCAGGGUGAUUUUUGUAAAUUUGAUACUCGUGGUAGGGUUUGGCGGUCCAAUUGUUCUGAUACAGAAGAAUUUGUUGGAGGAUCUCCUUUAGUAAGGGGUAGGUCGGUUCCUGAUGGUAGAUUCAUUUCAACUGCCUCGAUUAUAUCAUCUAGUAUGUGCAGAGGCAGUAGCAAUCCCUCUGUUUAUGAUCAUACAUCAUCAGUUUUCAGCUCCAGCACACCAUUUUCUUCCAUAAGCAUAUCACCGUCACGCCAUACUGACUGUCCAGGAGGUUCAUUCUCUUUUAAAGGUUUGGAUGGUGAUAGGGAAUAUCAUGCUUCCCAUUCUGCUUCCUGGCCUCGAAAUUCCUCUUCACCAUUCUACUCAAGAUCGGAAGCAGACCGUUUGCCUCUACCUGGUGUUCCCAAGGAUCUAUCAACCUCUGCAGGACAUAAACUACAAUUUAGUUCAAGCGACUGGGAGCCAUCUGUACCUUUUCGACCAUCUUUUUUCUUUGAUCCUGCAAGUCUAUCAUUUUCUGGAAGCCAAUUUGAUCCCCGUCUUGAUACCAUUGAGCCACCUAGUGGAGGACAUAAGUCCUUUGAAGUUUCUUCCUUAAGUCAUGGGGUGGGUAUCCAACAUAUGUCAUAUCAGCAGACAAGCCAUGACCCUGGUUUAACUUGGCUGCAUGGCCCAGAAUAUAAUGCUGAUGAACAUUCACUUUCAUUUAAUCGGCAGUCUCAUGGCAGUGUAGAGGAAAAGAAUAUUCAUUCUCAUGGCUUGCAUAUAGCUGCUGAUGAGACUACUGGAACAUUUGUAGCUGAUGACCAAACUAAAGUUUCUACGCCUAGAGAAGGGAAUAAUGAGGGGCCUGGCCAUGGGAUUGUUGUAGAUGUUGCAAAUACAAAAGAGAUCAGUCAUGAUCCUAACCCUAGAUAUCAAACAGAUGCCAGACACAAAAACGAAUCACAACCAGGUAGUGGUAAAUUUAUCAAUGAAAUGGAUCUUCCUCAAAAUCCCAGACAAAAGCAACAUGUUGAUGCACAAAGCAAGGAAUCAAAAGCCUUUAAAAUUUUCCAUGCUCGUCUUAUUGAGUUUGUGAAAGAAUUGCUAAAACCAUAUUGGCUUGAGGGUCAUCUGAGCAAGGAUGCGCAUAAAACUAUUGUCAAAAAAGCAGUUGACAAGGUCAUGGGGACAUUACAGCCCCAUCAAAUUCCUAGUACAACAGAAGCAAUUAACCAAUACCUUUCUUUUUCCCGAUCUAAAAUUUCAAAGCUUGUUGAGGGUUAUGUUGAUAAAUAUGCCAAAUCAUCUGCUGCUGCCAGUGGCUGAAUGGUAUUACUUUUGUACAGUUAGCUACAUAUGUCACUAACUUGAAGUUAUGAGGCAUUUGAAGUCUAUCUUGGACUUCACUCCUAAUAGCAAGCACUGAGAUUCAUAGUUUUAUGUUUUGGAUUUUCUUGCUUCAAAUACAAAUAAUUUUUUCUCCUGUGUUAUACCUCUGAUGAGAAUGUAGGAUCUUUCUUCUUCUUUUUGCAAGCGAGGGAUAAUGAAUGCGUCCUUAAUGCUUAUGUAUGCUAAUAUUUUGAUUCUAGGGUUUUGAAGUACCUAGGGAAAAAAAAUGAAUUUCUAUUGUUUUGAAUCA